AAAGAAAAUGGCGGCGUUCCUUACUAGCUAAAGUCCACUCGGCAUUUUAAAUGGAAGGUUAAAGCUUGUACUCACCUUAAGGAGGCAUAUUUUUUGUAUUUUUUAAAACUCCGGUCUCCUUUUCAUGCUGUUGUUAAUAAGUUUAACCGGCCCGCUGCUUUUAAGGUGAUUCAGAGAUUUAAUUUAGUUUAGUUUUUCAACACUUUGUCGACAGACUGGAUUGAGCUUCAAGCAGGUUGUGGACAGAGUAAACCUUUGUUAUAUUAUCAGUUUCAUAUAAAUGUUUGAAUUUUAGGUAUUAUGGCGGUUAUUUCCCUCUUUAUAAUGCAAAACCAUAGCUAACACCACAGCCAACCUAAUUUGUAGUCCUGGCUUGUUAACGGAAAUCACAGCCGCUAAAAUCAAUGACAUUCAUGCUCCGGGCUCUUUGUGUUGCCAUAACAACACGCCUCGGACUCGAUAUUUGAAGGGCAUGAAAGGAGGCCAACCAUUUACUCCGGACACAUUUCCAAACUCCGUGAGUUUAACUGUUUUUCUUCGACUGUGGUCAUUUGUAGAUUCGCGCCUAACACCUGGAUUUGUUUUUGUGAACGUCAAGAAGCCAGUCUUUGAUUCGCUGUAGGCAUCAUGGUGCUGAAGAUCUUCUUCCCGCAGUGCUGUAACCGGGCAGACAGCGGUCUACUGGUGGGUCGCUGGAUCUCCGGUCAUGAUUCGGCUGUGGUGCUGGCAGUAAUCCACUACCCAUUCAUCCCUGGACAGGUCAAACAGUAUAUCCAGCAGAUGCAGGCUCAGAGCGGGGUGGAGCUGUCGGUGCUGGGAUCCUGGAGUUUACCCAAAGAGGGUCAGGAGGGCAUGGAAAGUUUCCUCAGAGACCUGAGCACCAUCUUUCCUCAGAAAUGCUGGCUUCAGAUCAGCCGCCAGAUGGGAAAGAUGGGCUUCACCUGCCAGGUGCUCAGCCGUGAUCAGAGUGGAGAAGCAGCUCAGCCAGAAGCAAAGAAGAAGAACGAGGAAGGGGAGGAUGAAGGUGACAGAGAAGAUGAGGAGAAGGUGAUCUUUGUCCACUAUGAGCAGAGGAAGGUGAUGCUGUCUCAGCUUCAUCCCAUUGAGAGCGGAGACCCUGACGACAAAGCUGAGCCUCAAUCUGAGCUGAAACAGGUGUUCCAGACGGUGGCCAGCAGUCAGCCGCUCUUCUUCCUGGACAAAUACGAUGACGCGCCGCUGAAGUCGACUCACUGGCAGUCUGAAGGCCGAGAGGCCAGCAUCAUCGUGGAGCUGCUGAAGCAGGCGUCAGUGCCGCUCUGCCUCCUGGUCCACUGGCUGCUCUCCAUGUGGACGUGGAUCUGUGACAUCCGAAUCUUCAGUCUUUUCCCGCUGCGAUUUCUGUCCUCCAAACUGUCCACGUGCGUCCAGCUCAGCUACAGAACCGAACACAUGAGGACGCUCAGCUCGCCGAAAGCAGCUGCCAAUCACACAGAGUUCAUGAGGAAAGCCAACAUCCUGGUGUCGUUCCUGGUGGACGUGGCGCUCGGCGUGCUGCUCAUGUCGUGGCUCUACAGAGACGACCACAUCGCCAUGCUGGCCAACACUCUGGUGCCUGCAGCUGACCACGUGGCUAAAGAGCUGGAGGAGCUGCUGCAGUGGCUGAUGGGAGCACCUGCAGGCCUGAAGAUGAACCGGGCUCUGGACCAGGUUCUGGGUCGCUUCUUCCUGUACCACAUCCACCUCUGGAUCAGCUACAUCCACCUGAUGUCUCCCUUCAUCGAGGGGAUCCUGUGGUACGGAGGUCUGUCAGCCUGCCUCGGCCUGACCUUUGCCCUCUCUUUGCUGUCCGACAUGGUGGCUCUGCUCACCUUCCACAUCUACUGCUUCUACGUCUACGGAGCCAGGCUGUACUGUCUGAAGAUCUACGGCCUCUCGUCUCUCUGGAGGCUCUUCCGGGGGAAGAAGUGGAACGUCCUGCGACAGAGAGUGGACUCCUGCUCCUACGACCUGGACCAGCUCUUUAUCGGUACGCUGCUGCUCACCAUCCUGCUGUUCCUGCUGCCCACCACCGCCCUCUACUACCUGGUCUUCACUCUGCUGCGGCUGGUGGUUGUGCUGUUCCAGGGCGUCCUCCAUCUCAGCGUGGACUUCAUCAACUCCUUCCCUCUGUUCGCCAUGGGGCUACGUGUCUGUCGGUCCUACAGACUGGCAGAGGGUGUAAAGUUCAGGGUCCUGUGUGAGGAGCCGGGCACCGCCCUUCACCUGCUGAUGGAGAUCAACCCUCUGAAGUGCAGCACCGUGCUUCAGACCUACCGCACCCCGACCUACAGCUGCUACCCCAGAGACUCGUGGACCGCCCUGGUCAAGAAGCUGUUUGUCGGGGAGCUGAUUUACCCCUGGAGACACAAAACCCACCAAGACUGACUGAGAACGAACCGGGAAUGUGAUCAAGAAGGAGAAGAAAAGGAGGAGAGAUGAGGGGGGACGCUGGUGAAUAAUAAGACUGGAAACGGACAUGAAGACGAUCUCCCGCCGUGUUGGACGGAAACGACGUCGGAGUGAAGCUGUCGGGAAGUUUUCUAAUCGACUUUGAGAUGAAUGAAAAAUCAGAGGAAACUUGAAAGCAGCAAGUUGUCACAUCCAGACUUUCUGUUCACAGCUGAGGUGAAUUCCAUCCUCCGUGCUCCAUCACUCCAUGUUCAUUAUUCAGAUCUUUGUUCAGCAGCUCACUCCCACCAACGUUACAUUUUUAACACCACCAGUGUCGUCUCUGGGAAAACUGAGGUGUUUUCCUGUCUGCUACGUUAACAUACCUUGAACCAAGAAUGGUUUAAAGUGUGUUUAAAAGCUGCUGCUAAAAGAUAUGCUGACAUACACAGAAGUCAGUUUCUAUUUUGUUUCUACUGUUUUUUAUAGUGUAAAACCUGUUAAAUGACCAUUAGAAUAAUGUAGCCAAGGAAAAGUAGGUCUCAUCCGUCUUUAGGUGGUUGUCAUGAAAGACAUUGGCUUAGUUUCCAGUCGGUGAUGACGCAGAGCUGAACUUCUGAAAACGUUUUUUUCCCCCAGCAGGUUCAGAGUGAUUAAACUGGGAAUACAAGCGACAUUCCAGUUGGCUGUAACUGGUCGCCAACCAGAGAUAUAACUUGAAAUUUCAUUUUAAAUGUGAUUGACUCUUUCAUGUUUGGGACUGUCGGCGAUGUUCAUCCUGUAGAUGCAGAAACAGCUGAUGGGCAUUAACACAACAAACAACACGUCAAGCUAGCAUAUGAGCUGUUUUCAUCCUACUUAUUUAACACACAAAUUCACGAUGUGUCAUUAACCAUAGGUGGAAAUAUUCUGGUUGCUUUCUGUACUGAUUCAUGUUUCUUACCACGAUAUAAAUUCCUGAUGGAGCUGAAUAGGUCUGAUUGGUGUAACACCGCACAACAUGACUAACCUUCGCAUUAAGAAGGAAAAACAUCCCAUACUUAACUUCUGACUUACCUGUGAACUGGAAACCAGUACAGGUGGGGGGACCUCAUGGUUCCAUCUGGUUUGUUUCUGAGUUUUAACGUCUAUAAGUUGGCGUCCACUCCUUUGACUGCUUUCCAUAACAAACAACACAUUAGUGAAAGUCUUACCCUGAGAUCCUCUAUCUGCUCACAUCUUGUAGUCUGAUGACAUUUGGUGGAUUGUUGUCGCUUUUCUGGAAAACUAAGAUCCAGCUGAAAUGUCUUUAAGACUUAUAGAGAAGGUGGACUUUCUCCUGAUGUUUUGCUGCAUCAGGGAAACCUCUGAGUGGACAAAUUCGUUUUUAUAACUUUUUAUUUGUAGAAUAAGUCAUGUCUAGUUUAGAUGUGCAUCCUGACCUCUUUUACCCCAAAUUUGAACCCAAAUUUAACAUUUAAGUGUCUUUAUCCAUACAUCAUAUUUACAAUUUCUACUCCAGUGACGUUUAAAAUGUCAUUUUGUAGGAUUCUUAAAGUUAAUUUGGAGUUUUUGAGUUUCUGAUAAUGAUUUUAAAAAUAUUUACUCAUCUUGCCUGAAUCCCAAAAUAUGUUUGGCCCAGAUAUGGCCCAAAAUUACAUUUUUGUUUGGCCCAAAUUUGGCCUUUACUUGCUUCAUUGACUAAAUGUGAAUGUGAUUACCAAAACUCAGUCACAUGACCACCACAUGUGGCCAACAAGGAAAUUGCAAUAAAGAAGGUUUCCCAUAUUAAGACCACUUCUGGCCCACAUAACACUUGCCAGAGCCAUAACUGAGCCAUAAGUGCCAAAAGUAGCCUAGAUAUUCGGCCCAAACAUGUCUGCUAUCUGGGUGGACUCUGGGUCAUAACUUUAUAUUCAAUGAAAAACAUUCUACUUUUGAAAAGCACCUAAAAUCUUCAGGAAAUGUGGGCGGGGCCUAGUCAGCCUGCUGGAGCUGACCAAUCACAGCAGACUGGACUUCUUUGGUUUGGUUUCACAUGUUUUACGAAGACUUUGACAGUUAGAGAGGGUCAGUAAAUUUAGCUUAGAUUUCUAUUUAUAGGAUCUGCUUACUUGAAUCCAGGUACCUAUAUAUUAUGCAUUCAAUUUGAGUUUUAACAAGCCAAGUUUAAAUUAAACUAACUCAAGACUUUUUUUCUUUUUAAAAACAGAUUUAUAGUAUAGUAUGAUUUUUUUUUUUGUCACCAUGAAUAACUGGAAGUAUUUACACUGAUGAGUUUGUUACCGAAUGAAUUAUAAAAAGAAUUGAAGACUCAUCCUGGACUUGAGGGCAUGUCCUAACUUCACAUCCAAUGAAAACUUUGACUCUGAAAAAUACCUAAAAUCUUCUGUGAAAGUGGGUGGGGCAUAGACAACACUAGAGCUGACCAAUCAGAGCAAACUGGACUUUUUCUUUUGGUUUUGGUUCAGUUGUUUUACUGAAGACAGACUUUAACAGAAAGUUUUUAGGUCAGUAAAUUAGACCUGAUUUUUAUUUCUUAUUAAAACUGUCUAUUGGAUUGGCUCAUUGAAAUCCAGGCACUGACAUGCAAAGUUUAAGGACGCGAACUGUGGUCUGAUUUUUCUUUCUUUUUUUUUUUUUCUUUUAAAGACAAAGUUUAAUCUUGAAAGUUUUACAUAUGAAUGAAAUCACUAUUGUUUUUUUUCUAUUUCAUUUUGUUGUCAUGUUUCUCUGAAUCACUGAAGUUAUUUACACCAAUAGAUGAGUCUGUUAGAGAAUAUGAAAAAUAUUAAUGACUCAUCCUGCACUGGGGGCGUGUUUUAACCUAACAUACAACAAAAUUAUUCCAGUAGAUGAAUCUGUUACAGAUUGUCAGACUGUUUAUGUGCCAAUUCUAGUCAUUUUAAAAUGAACCUGGUUAAUGGAGUUUGUGCAAAGUGAAUACUUACAUUUUAACUUCACACUUUUUUUCCUGCUGUGAACAAAUUCAAGUGAUUUAUUUUUCCAUGUAUAUAUAUUAAAUAUCUACUUUUCUGCUUUUUUUUCCCACACUUUUUUAUUAUCCACAAAUAAAACUAAUCAUUAAAACAUG